AUGAACCACCAGACUGUCGAGGCUGUCCUUCUGUUCCUCUGCGCUCUGUCCAUCUGGGCAUGGCUGAUCAAGCCAGCGAUCCCUCCCCUGCAAAGCCUGACUCGAGGAAGAGAAAUCCUGCACCGCAUCUACAGAAAGCAACUCCGUGACAACCAGGUCUACGUCCUGCGCGGCGUAUUCGGCAAUAGCAUCGUUCUCCCGCCGUCAAUGCUGCAGUGGUUGACCUUGCAACCGGAGAGUCAUCUCAGCGCCAAAGCCGCGCAAAUGGAUGCUUUAAACAUCCCCAUAACGUUCUUGCGCCCCGAGAUCGGGUUGGAUCCUGUACACGAGCCCCUGAUCCGCCGCAACCUCACUGCCAAUCUGGACAGCAUUGCUGGCGACGUCUGGGAAGAGGUUGGUCUGGCACUAGAGGACCUCUGGGGACAAGCCACGGAUUCGUGGCGCGAGGUCAACCUGGAUGAUACAGUACGCCGCGUCGUGGCGCGAGCAGCAAAUCGUGUCUUCGUUGGCGAUACACUCUGCCGUGACAACGACUAUAUUGAAAGCUCGAUUCGCUUCGUCACUCGAGUGUCGAUUUGCGGUCUUCUGAUCAACCUUUUCCCCAACUGGCUCAAACGCCCAAUGGGGUUUGUCUUCAAAACCCCAGUCCAGAUGGCCUAUUCGCGCUGUGCAAAGCACCUUCUGCCCGUAUUCUCAGAUCUCACGCUCACUGAUCCACAUCUUUUUACCUCAUGGCUCGUCUCCAACUCAGUACAAUACCCUCGCUCCUCUCCCGAGCGCACUCCAGACUUUCUCAGCCGGCGCAUCAUGGCUUUGAACUUCGCCGCAAUCCACACGUCAACUUUGACAGCCUGUAACCUGCUUCUCGACAUCUUCUCCCACCCGCCCACGGUGUCGCUCCUCCGCGAUGAGUCUCUCGCCAGUAGCGCCCGCUGGGGAAAGACGUGGAAGCGAGCCCGGUUUAACCAGAUGUCGCGGCUCGACAGCGCACUACGCGAGAGCUUGCGGCUGUGGGGCCUCGUGCCCAAGGCCAUGAGUCGAAAGGUCAUGCAGCCGGAUGGCGCUAUCCUGCCGGAUGGACAGCGUCUGCCGCAGGGGACCACGGUGUGCAUUUCCGGAUGGGGACUGCAUCAUGACGAGGGCAUAUUCCCGCAGCCCUUUGAGUUUGUGCAUGACCGGUUCAUGCGGGCUGAGGAGGAGGUGAAGGAGCAGGCGGAAGGGGUAAAGAAGAGUGCCGCGGCAGAGACAAACGAGCAUUUUGUUGCCUGGGGUAUUGGCAAGCAUGCGUGUCCCGGUCGCUUUUUUGCUGUCGAUCUGAUCAAGAUCAUUCUGGCGCAUGUUUUGGUGGACUACGAGGUUAAGUUCUUGGGAGAGCGGCCUGGAAAUAUAUGGAUUGAGUAUAAUGUUCUUCCACCGCCAUCAGCAACAUUAUCUAUCAGGAGGCGUGUUUAA